AUGAUGGAGCCUGGUUUUUCAGCCAGCCACGGACCGUCCAACGCAGCCAGAAUCAAGGGUCAAAACCUGUUUGCAGAGGGCAACCUUUUCGAAUAUGCUGGUUCGCGACCCAGCCCAGGUUCGUGUCCUGGGCCCUGGCAUUGGCAUUGGCAGAGGCGCAGUGGUGAUCAUUUCUUGCUGCCUGCCGCCUGAUGGUCGACAGGAAUGAGGCUGAGGCUUGGGAGUGUGACUAUGGCCCGUCCCGUUUGCCUCAGUCACGGCCCAUGGCGAAGCAUUCACACCCUAUUGAAUGCCAUGUCCCCAUGGAAUGGGCAGGUUUACCACUUCAGCAUCAAUCGUCAAUUGCUCUACAAGCUUAGAGUGAGGCUCCUUCGUCUAUUAUCCCCUCAAGGUCCAUAAUGGCACGGCCCUUUGAAGAUCGGCACAAUAAGCUUCCAGAAGAUCAGGCUGAGAGACCGCCAUCUCGGGAUGUCAUAGCAGGAUGCAAGUGUCAUUGUGGCAAAUCGAUUCCCUGGAAAUGGGCAGCUCGAUGCUCCAAGAGCAGACAAUGCUCGGACUACUACUCUGUCCACUGCCACAAAGACGACUGCAAUCUUAAGGAAUGCAGAUUCCACGGCCAUUGCUGGGAUGGCCACCUCCCCAAGAGCUCCAGGCUAGCAGCGGCGCAUGUCCCAGUCGGGCUGACAGUCCAUCAUUUCUUCGUCAAGGACAUCAUUCAUUCGGAGGAUGAAAAGGAAACACUGAGGCAACUGCAUGAACAAAAUGCAGCAACGCGAUGGUUCAACAUCCGCCACCGGAACUCCCAGCCCGUCCUCUACGUCUACGAUAGAUUCGGUCCUCUAUGCGAACCGACUACUGACUCAACUUCUUCGGCCGCUGCAACGUUUCCAACGUUUGUGUCUUUCAUCGGCAAGUCGGGUGUUGGAAAGUCCACGCUAGUGAGGGCAAUGCUGCUGCUGGGAAAUCUCAAUGUACAACAAAUCAAAGACGAUGACAUUUACAAUCUUUCGACGAACCAGACCCGAUGGGAGACUUUGAACGCAGCCAUCUCUUCGCAACAGGAGAUGCCAGUCACCAGAUCGGGUCAUGUCGACCAUGCAGCAGACCCAACGACAUUUGGGGUCCAUCUCUACAAGGACGGCGCGAACUUACAAACGCCGCAGCCAGACGCCAAUAGCUUCACCUUGUUCGCCGACUGCGAAGGGUUCUUCGCUGGCGCUGCCCAAACCAAUGCGGAACGCUUUACCACCGAUCAAAGCCGAACAUCGGCCAACGACGAUGCUACGGAGGCAAAUGUGUUGUACAAGGCGCCAGUGACCGCAGGUAGUUACGCGCGCCAUGGACAGCAAGGCGCCGAACUGUUCUAUGCCAGGUUCCUCUACGCCGUCAGCGAUGUCGUGGUCUUUGUGACCAACGAGGAUCAGAACAUCACAUUCUUGCUCGUGAGAGCGCUCGAGUGGGCAGCGACAGCCGUCAUGCACUCUGUCAACUACCCUUCACGCAAGACUCUCAUCAUUGUGCGCAAUGGGGCCCUUGGCCACAGCCAGCAACUGGUCGACAAUGAGUUGCUCGAGAGGCUGUACCUGGAGCGCCAGGCCUUUCUUUGGAAGGCGUCGCCCAUCCUCCAGGAAUUUGUGAACGACUACAACAGCAAGCAGGACGGAUUCAGCAAGCACAUUUACCAGAACCGCGACCUCUACGAUGCAUUGUAUGAUCGAAUCAUUUGCUGCUGCAUACCCCACGUCAACGAUAUUGACGAGUACGGGGACGAGACCAUGUUCUCCCAGUACCUGAAGCUGCGGACGCAGAUCGAUGACGCCUCGCAACGAGCAAUCAAGAUGCGUUCCAAGGGGUGGAUGAAGUACAACGUUUCUUCCCUCUCCCAGAUCCUCUUCUCGGCCUUCGAACACUUUCGCACCAGCGACGGAGCAUUCAAUUUCAACGAGGUUGCGCGGAUCAGCAAGCCCAACCCCCAAUCAUUCUCUGACCACAUUGCCAAUUUCCUCCGACUGGCAUUCGAGUCACCGCCUUCGGUCAAGAUCAGGGCAAUGAUACCCGAUAUUAUAGGUCUGAACCUUGUUGUCUGGUCCAUGAGGCAUCUCAUCCAUGUGGUGGACCCAGCAAGCCUUUUUGACAGAGUGAACAACGGUGAUAAGGAGCAGUUUUCACUAGCACACCACUGUCAGUGCGCCAUACAAGAGUACCGAGAAAAGUACCAACCAUGUGGAUACAAGUUCUCGGAGAACGACCUUUGCGCCAAUGGCCCGGCAACUGCCCACCAACGCCUUCAUCUGUCGACCUCCAAGAAGAGGGCCGACGGGGAAUUCGUCCCGAGGCAUGGGCUGGACGCAAACUUGGUGAGUCUGAUUCGAGAUAGGUUCUUGGAGCAUUAUGAGAACCUCGUGAGCGACGACAGGACCGGACACCGGUCGAUGACCAAGCCCGCGGCAAGCAAGAUCACCAGAGUACGACAAGCUGUCAUGCAAAAGUACUGUAAGCAAUGGACUCCCAUGACCAGCAACAUCACCUGUCUGGCUUGUUUGCAGGCAGUCCCCGAAAAUGUACUGCAUUGUGGGCACGGAUACUGUGUGCAGUGCGUUCGAGAGCUGGGACGGGCGUCGGAGAGCUUCGAGUCAGCCUGGACCUUCGAGGUCUGUCCGCUCUGCAGCGCGCGGAUGGGCGACAACUAUUCCCAUUUGAUCAGGGAAAGACCACGGUGCGCUGGUGCUCGCAUCCUGACCCUGGACGGAGGCGGGAUCCGGGGCAUCAUUGAGCUUGCCAUCAUCCAGGAGAUGGAGAAGCGGCUGGGCCUGAAGAUCCCCUUCCGCGACUACUUUGAUCUUGUCGUCGGAACUAGCACAGGUGGAAUUAUUGCACUCGCUCUGGCGAUGGGCGACAAAGACGCAAACACACAGACCAGCAAAAUGACCAACGCCUUCAAGGACUUUGCGUCCUCGACCUUCGCCCACCCCCAGGCCGGCAGCUUACUGACGAGAAUCGGUCUCGGCCACUUUGUGACGAGCGUGGUCAUGUCGUUUGGCUUGUAUCAGGCCCUAUUUGACUCGGCGCCGCUGGAGCGCGGACUGAAGGACUUCUUCGGCGCGCAGACCAGUCUCUUUGGGUCGGCCCGGACUCGCCAUCACCAAUGCUCGACCCGAGUGGCGGUGGUGGCCACCAAAGAGUUUGGGAAACGGGCCCAUCUCAUCACCAGCUACAACCGACCCCAGCUGGUGGCGAGCGGCGAUUUCGAGCGCGAGGACGACGAGAGCAAAGGGAUGCGGAUCUGGGAGGCCGGGCUCGCCACGGCGGCGGCGCCGUUCUACCUGGCCCCGUUCAAGAAGGCCGAGACGGGGACGCUGUACUUCGACGGCGCGCUGCACAUGAACUGUCCGGCCCCCGGGGCCGUGGAGGAGAUGCGGAAGCUGUGGCCCGAGCACACGCCCUCGCUCGACGUCCUGGUCUCGAUCGGCACGGGCAUCCAGGACUCAGAGGUCAAGAUCCCCCGGGCCAUCCGCAUCGGCGGCUUCGAGGAGAUCUGCCGGACCUUCCACCGCAAGCUGGACUCGGAGCACCAGUGGCAGGAGUUCGUCGCCGGCGCCGCGACCGACGGGAUCCGCGACCGCCUGCACCGGCUCAACCCCCCGAUCGACGAGAACCUGCAGAAGGUCACGCUGUGGCAGUGGAACAAGAUGGCCCGGCUGGAGGAGAUGGUGCGGCGGCAGAUGCGCGAGGCUGAGUGGGAGGCCCGCGUCGACGACGCCGCCCACGCCCUGCUGGCCAGCCUGUUCUACUUCGAGCCGGCGCACGCCGACCACGCGCCCUGGACGUCCAACAGCCUGACGCACCCGGGCACGCGGCACGUCCACGGGGCCUCUGAGAUCCAUGGCACAGUCCGCUCGCGCCUGCGCCACGGGAGCACCGAGCUGGCCCGGCUCCUCGCCCGCGUCCAGGGCCUCGCGUACACGACGCUCGCCAUGUCGCGCGCCCCCGCGGCGGCGCUCCUGCAGCACGAUCCCUGGACCGAGAUCGCCGCCUUCCACCCCGUCAAGGACAAGGUCGUCGCGUCGGGCCACCGGUUCCGCGUCCCUGUCCGGCUGGAGGAGGCGUCCGAGUCCAAGCUGCUGGUCCUGGCGGUGCGGCUCACGGACUGCGCCGCGCCGCUCCCCAUCAGCGGCUUUCCGACCCUGCUGCACGACUUGCAUCUCAAGGCCAAAUCGUGGGAUUGAUCAGCUGGUGUGAUUCCUCCUCGAUAGGAUAGUAGUCGUGGUGAGACGGAACGAGCUGUGCUGUGCUGCACGGAGUACUGGGCUCGGAUCCCUUUGGAGUCUGGGAGAAACUUAGCUAGGCAAUAAAUAGCCGACUGCCCGAAAGGUACGAGCACCACAUCUUCUCUGUGAAGUGCACGGAUCGUGAGAGAAUGUACUCGGUAUGAACGAAUGCAAAGCGUCCGCGGCGUCAGCAAAGAGGUGAAAACAGAGAUUAGAACUGAGAAAAGAACGACCAAAAUCCGUCUUGGGGGAGAAUCGUUCAUGAAGGAGAGAGAGAG